AACAUCGCUCUUUAAUUUUGUUAAAAGAUAUAAUCAUUGGUUUAAUCACAAACAGAACGAAAAGAUGUGGAAAUCAGUGUUUGUGAUUUUAAUACUUUCAUUCAAAGCUACAAAGGGCAUUGCUGGUCGUGUAAACUUUGAAUUGGAGGUUUUACAGUACGACAACCCACGUGGCAUCUCCUUUAGAGGAAAUGAUACAAAUGGUGCUCGGAAAUGCUGCGAUAUGAGAUCGACUGCACCUCAGUUAACCUGCACGACGCAUUGUCUGACCGCCUUUGUGUUCUGUUGGGCAGGAACCGACGACGGAAGUUGCACUAGUCCUCAAAUCUCCACGGUCCCUCUGUUGACAAACACCUUUGCAGCUUCAUAUAACAGAACAUUAGCCGUUCAAGGACAAUGGGCGAUCGGGACAGAGUACAAUAUGACAAUUAUCAUAGAAGUUCAAAAUAUACACCUCAAGAACACGUAUGACGUAAUAUCCCACUUUACUACAAAAUUCAAUGGAGACAUCGCACAAACAUACACAUUGUCCAAACAAAGUAAAUUCGAUACAAUGAUAGACGAAAAGACCCUGGUCAGUUUGACCAUAGGGGUAAGAGUUUGGUGUAUGGAAGGCUAUUACGGACCAAACUGUAACUUCCAAUGUAAUGGAUAUAAAACAUGUCCACAUCAAGACAAGGUGAUUAAUAAAUUCAGCAAUAAUGACAUUGUUCUUUCAAUGAUAAACAACGGCGCACAAAACCAUAAUAUUAGAGCGUACACGAUUAUAUUGUAUGACUUCUUUGCCAAAACGGUUUGUCAAAACGCAGCAGACAUAAGAUUGGAUAUACAAGACUUCUCAUUCCAACCAUCCCUUGAUUUUGGGACGUAUCAUGCAGCGGUUCGACUUGGUGCCAACUGUAGUCACAGUCAAGUCAGUCCCCUGAAGGUUGUAUCAUGGUUGCUACAACACCGCUAUCAUGCGCCUGACAAGGACGUGUCUCUCUCCAGCCCAGUAUUGAAUUUGUCUCCUGCGGGCGUUUUGCAAACAACGACGACUGUUCUAUUCAGAGUAGCCACAGUGGAAGAUAUACGCUGUGGCAACUGCAGCGUGGGCAUCAGAAUAAACUUCUGCUCUGGCAUUGGACACUGUUCUAGCCUGGAGACCCCCAUUCAAUUGUCUUUAGAGAACAGUCAACUAAUGCCAAGCAGAAAUUCGAUACAAGAGAUUUCACGGCCCAUCUUUGCCAUCAGCGUUAUCGAAAUACCCAUCUUCUUGGACGUGACGGUUGACUAUGUACAUCAACCGGUAUUGAAUUGGCAACUAAACCGAAUCGCGGUGAACCUAAGCAUGAAAGGUGGAGAUGACAACAUCAAUAGUCUGGUACUUUUACCUGACAAGACACCAGGUGUCAGGCUAUACAUAGAUGUUCUUGGAUGGUGUGGAAAUGGACAGUACGGUAAACACUGUGAAUAUAGUUGUGUUGCGUCGUAUUCGAAUGAAAAUUAUACUUGUAGUAACAGCGGAAACACAGUUUGUAUGCCAGGAUUUUCAGCCGCGAAACAUGGAUGUGCGGAUACUGAUGAAUGCUCGAACAAUUCACUUUGCCAAAAUGGUGCAACGUGUACAAAUACAAUCGGAUCCUUCUAUUGCGCUUGUCAAGAUGGCUGGAUCGGUUCCACGUGUUCUUAUGACAUCAACGAAUGUGAAACCGCGCCACUUGUGAAUGUCAUAUCAUGUUCUAAUAUACCGGGCUCCUACAAAUAUACAUGUAAGCCGGGUUUUACUGGAAACGACUGCAUUGACAUUAAUGAAUGCAACGAUGAUUCUGAAAAUCAAAAUAUGUGCGAUGGAGACACGUGUUUCAACACAUUCGGAAGUUAUGAAUGUAAAAGCAUGUUGCAUUAUGGCGAUAUUGAGGAUGACCCUUGUUCAAUUGAUGGGGUGGUGUGCGGUAACAAUGGUCUGUGUACUAAUACAUCGAAUGGAUAAACAUGUAGGUUCUUUCGAUUUUAUACCGGUACACAUUGUGAAAUAACACGUAACCCAUGUGUAGAUUCUAACACCACAUGUGCAAAUGGAGGCACGUGCCAUUUUAAGAAUAACACUUUUCUAUGUGAAUGUCCCCCUGGUUUGGAUCCACAUAGUAAUUGUCAUCAUGAUAUUGAC